AUGGCUGCACUGGCCACGAGUGUCUCGCCCAAGGCAGGCCGGAGCUCUGCUAUCGAUGACUGCGAUGACGUUGUUGCAUUUGUGGUCGACAACGGCCAACACACGAUGUACUUCUCGAAGCGCGCCUUGAUGAACCACACGCCGUUCUUUCGCGCGUACUUCACGGAGCACGCCACUGCCAGCGCCGGUGAAUCCAGCAGCAAUACCAUUGUGCUGAGAUACGUGAAUCCGCGGAGUGCUGAAGCAGCUCUGCGUCUGUGUCACAGCGCCAAUCACGCCGAUGACGAGCUCUUCUUGUCGUUGCUGCGGGAGUGCGAGGGUACAGAUGCGGCGCGCCAGCCGGAGGCGCUGCUGGCUGUGCUUUCACUGUACGCUGCUUGUGUGAAGUUCGAGCUGCACGCACACGCAAGGGUGGCAAGUACGACAGCUGCCAGAGCUGUAACGAAGCGUACCGUCUACGACGUGCUAAAGACAUGCGCGCGCUACGCGACCACUCUGUCGCCGGAGACGCAACGCGCGGUCGGACUAGACGCACUUCUCGCCGCCUGCCAUGCGUUUGUGCGGGUGCCCGGUGCAUGUCAGGGUGAGCGGCGCUGGCGCCGACUUUACGCGCAAUACCCGAAGCUUUCCGAGAUGGUGGCGGCCGCCAGCGCGGCUUCAGCAGCGUCAGCCGCUGCUCCUUCAACGUCCACUGCGCAUGGAGAGAGUAGCGCCAUCGCUUCUGCAGGCAACACACCUUCACAACGGCGCACUCUCUUGUCUCCACGAAAGGAGCAAGACACCAUCGAGGAGUCUGCAGUUAUGAUCCCCCAAUCGGCCGCGCUACUGCCAGAUGUUUUCACUGGGCACCUCCGGCAGACGGAGGGUCUGGCACUCGCGGCGCAGUGGCGGUGUCGCGCCAUGUCGGCAGAAGUAGCAGCUCUGCGUGAGAGUUGGGCUGCCCUCGAGUCCACUACCCGGCGCGACGAGGCUGCUGCCACCGAGGCGACACUCUACCUGGGUGAGGUGCGUGUGUAUUUGCAGGCACUGCGGCGUGCAGAGGCGGAGGUGCAGCGGUUGUGUGACGCCGCUGCCGCGACAUGCGCUGCGCCAUCGUUGCCGACCUCUGCAUCGACCCUGCACGAGCUGCGGUACAUCUUGCAGCACGCGUCAGAGUGUGCUGCGGAGCGGAAGGCGCACGUUGAUGAGCUGCUUGCCAUUGAGCAAGGCGCAGUACGUGAGCUUGACGCCGAACUUGCACAGCUGCGCGGUUUUUUUUGCUAG